CGCACGCACAGGACGUAACGCGUACACUAUGCUGUGACGUGGCGCCGCUAUCCGCCAUCUUGUGCCGGACAAACCAACGCCUCAGAACCGCGGAGCGGGAAGCGUCUAGAGAGGGACGGAGUACCGGGCGGGAGAACGAGAGAGACUUUUCUUGCCAUAUCUGACACCUUCACGUUUCCAACAUGGGGAAUAUGUUUGCAAACCUGUUCAAAGGCCUUUUCGGCAAGAAAGAGAUGAGGAUCCUCAUGGUGGGGUUGGACGCUGCCGGUAAAACCACUAUAUUAUACAAGCUGAAGCUGGGAGAGAUUGUGACUACAAUCCCCACAAUAGGUUUUAAUGUAGAGACUGUAGAAUAUAAGAACAUUAGCUUCACAGUAUGGGACGUGGGCGGUCAGGACAAGAUCAGACCCCUCUGGCGUCACUACUUCCAGAACACACAAGGGCUGAUCUUCGUGGUGGACAGCAAUGACCGGGAGCGAGUGAACGAGGCCAGAGAGGAGCUGAUGAGGAUGUUGGCGGAGGACGAGCUGCGAGAUGCCGUCUUAUUGGUCUUCGCUAACAAACAGGAUCUGCCCAACGCUAUGAACGCAGCCGAAUUAACAGACAAGUUAGGACUUCACUCCCUCCGCCAUAGAAACUGGUUCAUUCAGGCCACCUGUGCCACUAGUGGAGAUGGGCUCUAUGAAGGACUCGACUGGUUGUCCAAUCAGCUCCGGAACCAGAAAUGAAACAACCCAUCAUCUUCAUAUAUUAUAUAUAUAUAUAUAUAUAAAUAUUUUUUUUUUCUUCCUCCUGGGGUUUUUUUUCGUCCUCUUCAUGCCCUUCUACUAUUCCUUCCUCUCCGCUUCUCUCUAAUGUGGCAAACUGUUCUCCUUUGCGGUAUUGAGUGCCGGAACCACGUUCCAUAUUUUUUUUUUUUUUUGGCAGUAUGUAUCAUGCCAUGCUGUACAUGUGGCGAUGAAGAGCCUGAUAACAUUUCGGUGUCUUAUUUAAUGUAAAUAGUUAUUUUUUCUUUAUUUCUUUCCAAUGAGGCAGUUACCGGUUCUCCUAUGCAAUAUUACUCUACGUAUUUCUUGUUAUUUUUUUUCUUUAAUCGUCAUCAGAAUGAUACCAUGUGUAGUACUGGAAGAGAACUUAGAGAAUCCAGGUUUCGGUAUUCAGUAUGAAAUUGCUCGUUUUUUCAAGUACUUUUUAGUACUUUUUGUCGGAUACCUCACAAGCUGACGGCGGGCGGAGAUCAUCCCAGUUGCUGCUGCUGGGGGCUCUGGUUUGUUGCCCUGGGGACGACCCUCAGACAGUCCUCGGGUUUCAUUGACUUGAUACUCUUUAGCGUCGCACACAAUAGGGUUAUGCUUGAUGCUGUUAUAUUAUUAUGUUUUUCUCGCAUGGUUAUACGGCAGGUUCCAGUACUUGCGAUGCUGCUGGUUCCGUCCGCUUUCCGUUUUUGCUCCGAGUGAUAACCGAAAAGACGACACAAGUAGACGGCUCUCCUGUUGGGGACGACACUGGAGCUUUACAGUAGGGUUUUCUGGAGGUUUGCAUGAUUUGCUGCACAGUUUAACUCGUACGUCCUCUUCUUGGAUGUUUUUUUUUUAAUCUGUUUUCUCGCUAACCUUGGAUCUACUUGAAAUUUGUGGCCGUUCUGUGGCUUUUGUACGGUAUCCAGCGCCCGGUUUACUUGCUGAUCCUCCCUUCGUUGCCAUGUCAUGCGCUCAUGGCUGCACUUUAGUGAAUGUACAUCAUGGCUGCCUCCCCUAGUUGUGUCAGGUUUGUUACGGGAAGGGCAGAUAUUGGGUGUCUGUGUCCAACCCUACAACGUAGUUACAUAGAGAAGUGGUGCCCACUAAAUGCUAGGUUUUGGACCACCAGUUAGAAAUAAGGGGGCACACUCAGAGGAGCUUACCUCUAUAGGGUAGUGGUUCCCAACCAGGGUGCCUCCAGCUGUUGCAAAACUACUACUCCCAGCAUGCCCGGACAGCCUUCGGCUGUCCGGGCAUGCUGGAAGUUGUAGUUUUGCAACAGCUGGAGGCACCCUGGUUGGGAAAACAAUGUUGUAGGGUGCUAUGUAGGCUCAGUUAGAGAUUCCCAGAGGACCCUUGGAUCAUAUAUGUAUCAGAGCAUCCUGUGCUGGCGUCUAGAAGAUGUUGGGUUUCCAUUGUGCUCCGAAGGACGUGAGUUUCAGCCGCGUUCCGCCUUGCGCACCCCAUUCGGCGUCAGUGCCCGAUGCAGUCAUUCCAUAGAAGAGCGCAGACCUUUUUCCCCCUCCUGUCCGGAAGCAUUCCCCGGCGGCAUGCCUCUUGCUGCAAGGCUCAGAUUUGCCCAUUUUCAUAAUUGAAAUCUUUUUUUUUUUUCAUAUUUUAUUUUAUUUUUCUUCCUCUUUACUCUGAUCAAACACUGAAAAGCUGGAGCUGUUGGAUCUCUGAGCGUACGGCGCCGUCUGGUUCAUCUAGUGAUGUGGAACCUUUUAUCGCUUUCAGUAAACGAAUCGUAUUCGAUAAUGUUUUGUAAACUCGUUUUCAUUUUGACAAAUGAGCACUGUAAUUAAAGCUGGUAGAAUAAAAUCCAUCUAUUUCACA